AUGGAAAUGGAAUUUUCAUCGACGCCUCCCCCUAAGUUUCGCUUCAGAGAUCACUCACUGCCGGAGGAGUCUCAACACUCAUCAGAGCCUAGCUCAGAGGACGUCGUUUCUGCCGUGUCACUGUCUAUUAGUGAUGAAGCAGAUUGCGAGCUUGAUGUUGAGUCCAUCACCGGAAGAGGCAUCAAGCAUCUAUGUGAUGAACUUCGGGAGCUAAAGGAAGCAGCAAGUGAUGAUUUACAGAAAAACAUUUUUGCUAAAUAUUCCUCAUUUCUUAGAAUCCUAGAGGAAGUAACAGAAGUGGAAAAUGAGCUUGUUCAACUGGAAAACCAUUUCCGAUCUCAUAAAAGGCUAGUAAAGGAUCUUACAGAUCGCAUAUAUCCAAAGAUAUUGUCCAUAGACUUAGCCUUUGAAGAUCAUAUACAUGUUGUCCAAUCUCACUCCAAUGAAUUGGAAGCUCAUAUUAAUGAUGUUUCAGAGAAGCUAGACAUUUUCAUAUUAGAAAACAGGAUAGAUGAAGCCCUUCACAUUAUAGAAUCUGCAGAUGAACAUUAUCGAAGCAUUCAAUUGCAAGACAAUUCACACAGUGAGAUAAUGUUAUUAUAUAACUCUGUCAUUUCUGAGAAAAAGUCAAUGCUAAUACAACAAUUGGCACAAAUAGCUGAGAAUGAAAGAACAGCAGGACCAGAACUACAAAGGGUACUAGUUGGUCUUUGCAGGCUUGGUGAUUGUCAACUUGCUAUUCAUUUGUUGAUUAAGCAUUACCACUUGCGUAUUGUGGCUGGAACAAAUAAUUUGCAAUGGGAAAAAUCAUCAUCAAAUGAGACAUAUAUUAAAGAACUUGCAAAGUUUGUGUUUUCUAUGAUUUCACAAGUGGCAAGGAGCUUUGUGAGGUUAUGUGGAGAAACAUCUCCUUACACAUCAGAACUUAUGUUGUGGGUGUAUGAAGAAACAAAGUCAUUUAUCACUUGCUUUGACAAAUAUGUUAAAAGCCCCUCAGCAAUAAGUGGUGGAUUGUCCUCUACCAUAAAAGCUGUGAAGUUUGCUGUCUUGUAUUGUUCUUUGUUACAAAAUCAGAAAUUAGUGUUGCAGCCAUACUUGGUAAAGCAUCUUUGUCCUUGCAUGGAAGAAGUUUUAAAUACACAUAUAAACCAUUUUAAGAAAGUGAUUGCUAUCUUCUCAGCAAGUGAUCCUUGGAUUCUAGAGAAAUACCUUGUGUCUGGAGUAUUCGUUGGAGUUGGAUCUUCAACUCUUGCUGUUGAGGAACAACCUGACUAUUGCCCACUAACUACCAGUGGCAGAAAGGUUCUGACAUUAUUGCAGGCCAUCAUAGAAGAUAUUUCUCCUUUAGUUUCCCUUCAAAUGGGAAGUUUAGUUAUUAGUGGAAUCAUGAACCUCUUCAGAGAGUAUAUUAUCAUACUUGAAAGAGCCCUUACUUAUGAAACAAGUGCAACAGAAAAGGGUAGUCCAAGAAUCAAGUUAGCCGAGUCGCUGCCACAACAGAUUGCUAUUUUGGCUAAUCAAUCAACGAUAGUGAACUUUCUCUCAAUCAUGCUCAAAAGUAUCUUUAGUAGCAUUGGUCACAUGGAUUCACUAGUAAUGGAAAACCAUUCAAUUGUUCAUCGGCAACAAGAACUUGAUGAUUUCUUGUUGUUCAUUGAAGAGGGCUCCAAUAAAUUGAGAAAUACGUUUUGCCAGAAAUUAAUUCUUAGAAUAUUGUCUACUUACCAUAGCCAUGAAAUAUUUUCAGCAGUUCACCACAAUGGUCAGUUUGAUGCUAAUCCAAUGCCUUCUGGUGUUUUUCAGCCUGAAAUACUCAUGAUUUGGUCUUACUAUUUGGUCUGUCUUGAGAAGGUUUUAUUUCUAGAAUUGAGGAAAAUAGAGCAACUUGACGAAAAAAUGUUUGAUGCAAAUUGGUUAAUGGGAUUAUUGAGAGAGCUGAUGGAAUCUAUGUUUAUUUGGGUUUCCAAUAACAAAGAGAUCCUUGUAACUAAAGAAGAGAAUAUGAGCUUACAAACUGACGAAGCCAAACAGUUUAUUUUGGACGUGCAAUUCUUGGUGGAAAUUGGAAUGUAUGGAGGAUACUUCUCCAAGGAUCCUUUGCUCCUUCUCAGUCUCAUGAAAUCAACCUUUAAUUCAGUUGGGCUUGACCCUUUCAAAGAUGUAGAUGAUGAUGAUUGGGCCAUAGAUGCUGCUACUAAAACAAUUCAAAAGUUGUUGGAGAUUGAGAAAACAAGUUUGCAUCCAAAGGAGCUUGUAGCUACCAUCAAAGAGGAGUCACAUGAACAUGAGAAUCACAUCGAUCAAUCAGCACAUGGAUGUAAUAUUUCUGAGGAAGAUGAUAUAAAUUCCUUAGAGGAUAACAAAGAUACAAUGGAUGCAGGGAAAGAUGAGGUUCCCAAUGAUGAAUCAGAAGCUGCUACUGAUGCAAAAACGGCUUCACCAAACAUAGUAUUUAUCCAUGGAGAGGGGUCACCCUUGAAGAAAGAUUAUGUUGAUUCAGACAUUUUAAAUUUGACACAACCAGUUAGCAUGAAUUUGCAAAUCCAGAAUACUGAUUUUGAAAAGGUUACAUAUUCUAAAGAUGAUGAAUUGGCUCCAACAUCUUCUAUGGAUGAGGUCCCACCAAUUUAA